AGCGUGGUGCGGCUGCUGCCGGUGUGGGCGAGCGGCAUCGUCAUGUCGGCGGUGUACAGCCAGAUGAGCACCAUGUUCGUGCUCCAGGGCAACACCCUGGACCCGCGCAUGGGCGCCUCCUUCAAGAUCCCCGCCGCCUCGCUCUCCAUCUUCGACACCAUCGCCGUCAUCGUGUGGGCGCUCGCCUACGACCGGCUCAUCGUCCCCGCCGCACGCCGGAUCACGGGCCACCCGCGCGGGUUCACGCAGCUGCAGCGCAUGGGCAUCGGCCUGGUGAUAUCCAUCUUCUCCAUGGUGGCCGCCGGGGUGCUGGAGGUUGUCAGGCUCCACGUCGCCGCCACACACGGCAUGCUGGACUCCAAGGAGUACCUGCCCAUGUCCAUCUUCUGGCAGGUGCCGCAGUACUUCAUCGUGGGCGCGGCGGAGGUGUUCACGUUCGUGGGGCAGAUCGAGUUCUUCUACGACCAGUCGCCGGACGCCAUGAGGAGCAUGGGGUCGGCGCUGUCGCUCACGUCCAACGCGCUGGGCAACUACCUGAGCACGCUGCUGGUGGUGAUCGUGACGGCCAUCUCCACCAGGAACGGCGGCCUCGGGUGGAUCCCGGAUGACAACCUCAACCGGGGGCACCUCGACUACUUCUACUGGGUGCUGGCCGUGCUCAGCGCCCUCAACUUCCUCGUCUACCUCUGGAUUGCAAAGUGGUACAAGUACAAGGCCACAGCACCUCCUGCAGCAGCUUCAGUCGUUGCCAUCGGCGACGACACCAAUUAG